AUGACACUGCGACCAGUACCAAUCGAUGGAUUCUCGACACCAACCUCACGAACGCAGGCAGAGACAGAAGCUGUUCUCCUAGAGCAUAUUCCAACCCCGGAUCCGAGUACGGGGGAGCCAACGCCCAAAGCUGCACUCGAUAAGAAGCUACACAUGCAGUUCCUCGUCCGGAACCUCGUCCAGGGCUUCCCGACGCGGUAUACGAGCCAGGAUGCCAGUCAGCCGUGGCUGAUGUUCUGGACGGUGCAGGCAUUCUCGGUGUUGCAAGUCGGGCUGGAUCCAGGGAACAAGCAGCGGAUUAUAGACAAGAUUAUGACCUGGCAGCACCCCGAUGGCGGGUUCGGAGGGGGUCCAGGACAGGCGGCGCACCUGCUGCCGACGUACGCGUCUGUGUGCUCGUUGGCCAUUGUUGGACGGCCGGGGCCUGGUGGAGGGUGGGAUCAAAUAGAUCGAGAGAAGAUGUACAGGUUUUUCAUGUCUUUGAAGCAGAAGGAUGGCUCGUUUUUGGUGGCACAUCAUUCCGAGGUCGACGUUAGAGGGAUCUAUUGCCUUCUUAUCGUCGCCACCUUACUCGACCUGCUCACGCCCGAGCUUUUAGAAGGGACAGCGUCAUUCAUCGCGUCUUGUCAGACCUACGAGGGUGGAUUCUCAUCGGCCUCGCAUCCCUCGUAUUCGCUUUCUGGAUCUCUACUUGAAUCACCACGCCCACCGCUGGGCGAGGCCCACGGUGGAUACACCUUUUGCGCUCUCGCAUCGUGGGUCCUGCUGCAACCAUACCUAGCCUCGUCGUCUCGUAAGCCGGAAGAAGCCACCGCUUCAAUCGACGUCAAGAACCUCCUACGAUGGCUCGUACACAUGCAAGGUGUAGAGAUUGAGCUGGGCGGGUUCAAAGGGCGAACGAACAAACUCGUCGAUGGGUGCUAUUCGUGGUGGUGCGGUGGUGCUUUUGCGCUGCUUGAAGCUCUCGGUGUCGGUGGCAUCCAGAAUGCGGAUUCAGACGAGGUGCCGAUCGACAGUGGGACGGGCGAGGGGGUUUGGGAUGAUGUAGAUGAUGGGCUAUACAACCGCAAUGCAUUGCAAGAGUACAUCCUUUACGCUGGACAACAUCCCGCUGGAGGUCUACGUGACAAACCUCCGAAGAACGCCGACGCAUAUCAUACAUUGUACUGCCUGUCUGGGCUGUCCUCCGCUCAGCAUCACGUUUUCCCAUCGAAAUUGAGAAGAUCGCAGCUCGAAGCCGCUUGGGAAGCUUCCGAGUCGCUAGAAGAGGAUUUGAAGAAACGCUCCUUCACCGAGUUCCUGUCCUGGACGGAGGAGGAAGGCGGGUCCCAUAUUGUGGGUGGUAACGAGAAUCGUCUGAAUGCUACACAUCCGUUGACGAAUAUGACAAUUACGCAUACCGAAGGCCUUAUGACGCACUUCUACAAGCAGACAAUCCCCGCGAAACCUAUUAAAGCUAAACCUGCGUCGACGUCCUAA